AUGCUCAGGCCUAUUUUGCGGGCUUCAAUCAAAAGCUGGCCAGUUCGCCGGGCACAUGUGCCCCGCAUGACUUUAGCGCCAACCCGAGCGUACAACACGGUCUCGCAGCAGCGCUCUAACAGGUGGAAAAGCGCUGUGUUAGCUGCAGGCGGGCUAUCCAUUCUAUCACUGGGCCUUUGGUGGUUCUAUUGGCCGCACCACUCAUUUCCACGCCCCGUGGCUAAGCUAUUGCGGAAGGCACUGUGGGCUGAGAGCGACAAGAAGGGACAUAACUUCCAAGAAGCUUUGGGCUUCUACAUUGAUGCGCUAGAAGAAUGCGAGCAUCUGGAUAUAGACAGGAUCUCUGAUGAGUAUACCGGCAUUCAGCUGAAGAUUGCUGAGAUGUAUGAAAAGCUUAAUAUGUUUAAGGAGGCACAAAGCAUUUACCUGGAGAUGCUGCACCAGUAUUACGAGGCGCUCAUUACGAAUGGGCGCGUCCCGGAGUGGCAGCGGCCACACUAUAUCCAAAAAGACUUGCGGGUUCUGAUAAAGGCAUUGGAAAUGAAUCAGGAUUUGCAGCUUGGUAAACGGUUGCUAUUGACACACCUUAUGCUGCCUCAAGAAGAGGUCCUGAUGCGGUCCCCGGAGCUUAAAAAGUUCUUUGACAGGCGGAAGGAGGAGGCACGCAAUGCAGGGGAUAGGGAUCAUUCGCAGCCGCAGCGUUGGCGUGAUUUCAAGCCUCAUGUGAACGAGGAAAACAUUAAACUUGACGACAAGGGUAACAUGAUACUGGACCUUCAGAAAGAUAGUAGUGCAUGGCAGCCAUUCAAGGAGGAGUUUUUUACUGCCCGCGACUUAUACACGGUAUAUUGUCUCUCCACCGACGAUUUGCCCUCCGCGCUUAGCUGCAAGAUGACAACUGUUGAAUGGAUGGUUAUGGCCGAUAUGCCGCCGGGUCAAAUACUUCUUUCGCAGGCUAACCUGGGCUCUUUGCUCUAUCUAGAGGCUGAGAGGACGGAAGCUCUACUCUACAAGCUAGAGCGGCAGUUAGUAGAUAAAGCGAAGUCCGAGAAGGAUAUCAUUAUGAUGCGCAGCCUGAAUAGCAAGCGCAGCCUUCUCUUAGAUAUGGCUACGACAUCAUAUGAGAGUAUCAUUACUUUUGCGAAGAGAAAUAAUAAGCUGCGCUUUCAUGCAAAAGAACUGAUGGAUCCAUCUGCUUCACAAGCUGUUGCUCUUUCCACAUAUGGCCUCGGAGUAAUUAAUCUCCACCGGGGCAUCCUUCCCAAAGCCGAACGUCUGCUCAAAGAUUCCAUUUCAAUUGCCAAGGAUACCGACUUUCGUGAUUUGCUGAAGGAAGCAAAUCAGGAACUUCAGAAAUUGGAGCGAGCCAAACAGUCGAAUCCAUCUACUGUGUUCAUGGAACCAAAGGGUACUGAGACGCCUUAA